GGUACCCGCGAAGGUUCCAGUAACACCAGUGGGAAUGGUGAGAUACGAGAUGGAGGGGAGGGCGGUCUGGGCAAGGACAGUUCCGAUGGUGCCGAUGACCGGGAGGGCCGUCUGAGCGAGGACGGUACCGACGGAGCCGGUAACUGGAAGGGUGCUGAGGCGGGUUCCUGUAAAGGUUCCGGUCGCUCCAGUGGGGAUCGUUACGUAGGAAACGGCCGGGAUAGCAGUCUCGAGAACAACAAUGGCUGGGAUGGCGGUCUGAAGGACAACAGUAGCAAUGCUCUGUCCGGCUCCGGUGGUCGGGAGGGUGACGGUCUGAGUGCCGGUGAAGCUGCCCACGAUGCCACUGGUGACGGUGACGUAGGAAAUGGGACGAAUGGCCGUCUCCAACAACACGGUGCCAACGCUUCCGGUGGCCGGGAGAGUGGUCACCGAGGUGCCAGUGAAGGUUCCAAUGACACCAGUAAUGAUCGUAGUGUAAGAGACAAUAACGGAGCUGGGAAUGGCUGUCUGAAGGACCACGGUUCCCAGGCCUCCUCCAACAGCCGGCAAGGUGGUUGUCUGAGUGCCGGUGAAGCUGCCGGUGAUUCCGCUGGUGACAGUGAGGUAUCCAGUGGGCAGGGCGGUCUGAAGCAGGACGGUUCCGAGACCACUGACGGC